CUCAACAAACACCCACUUCACUUUCAGCAACCAAUCAUACAACACAUAUCAUAUCUUCCUCUCCCACUUCAGUUUCUUGAUAUGGGUUUACUGUUUCUUGCAUAGUGAAAAAAAAGAUAUUUUUUUUUUUUAUUUUCAAGAUAUGCUUUAACUGCAAAAGUUCUUCUAGACUUCUAGUUCUGAUACCUCACAUGAAUUUGUGACUGUUUAUAUAAGUUUCUUGAUUGGUUCAAGCAUGGGUAGGGGUAGAGGAAAAGGGAAGAAGUUUACUUUAACAAACAGCAAUGAUGAUACCGCAAGCGGAGAAGACGAAAAAAUCCCUUCGCAGAAGCGAAGGGGGAGGCCUCAAAAGCCACUAAUGGAUGAAGUUGAAGAAGAUGUUGAAAAGAUUGAAGAAGAAGAAGAAGAUGACGACGAUAAUGAUGACGAAAGUGCAAAUUCUUAUGUGAAUGGGAAGAGGAAAAGGAACAAAGAGGGAAAGGAAAGGGGCAAAUUGGUAAAAGACGAAAGCCCGAAUGGAACCCAGUCUAACGGUUUUCGCCACACGGGGAGUAGAAGGAAAAACAAACCUCAUCGAGCCGCUGAAGCCGGUGUCGAAUGCAAGUGAGGAGGAAUGACAAAUUCACACCAUGUUUGAGGCCUAGUGUCGGUUUUUGUCGUGUUUUGUUAAUGUUAUGUUUGUUGUUUUUUGACCAAAUAUUUAAGCCUAGAAUCGGGUUCUUGCAUCGUAUUGGUACCACAUAUGUUGGUUCCUAUGUUCUUCGGGUGGAUGAGAAUCUCCCAUUAUUGUUUCGGGUUUUUCUUCUAAAAAAUCUUGUGACAUUAUGCA